AUGGUUGCCCGUCAUCGGCUGCUGCCUGCGGCCUGGCCAGAGUUGCCAAAGUUGUUCUUCCACGACCGGCCUCUUUGUUGUACCGCGCUGUUUGUCGUCCCGCUUACGUGCGAUCCUCCACAUCCACCCAAGCGGCUACGCCUCGCCGGACACCUGCCACCUGCACCUGCGACACACGUAUCUUAUGAUUUUGGCCCGUAUCCGCUCCGUAGGCGCCGCUCCUGGCGCCAGCUGCUCGCCUACCUGCCAGGCCGCCGCCGCCAUGUCGGCCACCGCCUUCUGGACCCUGCGUGCUUCUCGGCCUUCUUCCUCAACUUCACCUACGACCCCAAGCCCGGCGCUAUCAGAGCCACCCAUCAUAGUAGCAUUAGGGCAUCCGUUACACCGGCAACGCCGGUAGUGUCGGGAGUGUCGGUUACGCUGGCGACUCCUUCGUAUCUCAAGCUGCCGGCAGUCGGCCGCGGCAGCGGCAGCGGUGUGAGAUGGCCACCACGCGAUCCCCAUGUCCGCAGCAGGUCGACUAUGCAUGCGACCAUGGCGACAGCGACCGUGGUGAGCAAGAAGGGCGGCGAGCAGUGUCCCAUAGACCGCUGGGACCUGCUUUCCGGCUUCACAGUCAGAGUGGCUCAAGCCAAGGACUUGCUCGCCAAUGGUGCCGGAUCCGAGUGGGCUGUCCGGAGGAAGCAGAGCGAGAGCGAGAGAGAGGGAGCCACGUCCCAGCCCCUUAUGCAUACAUUGUAG